AACGAUAUCUAACCUAAAAUAAUGUGCGUCAUUGCGUCUCCAAUUUUGCAUCGUUAAAAGUAUAGGUAACAGGUAACUAUUGUUUAAAAAUGCCAAAAGACCAUAAAAGAAUAAACGGUCCAGAAGAGACAGUGCCUUAUAAUCUCUUCGCUAAAUUAAAUAUAAAGACGUUAUCAAAACAAUUUAAGGAAGCAGUAAAUAAUGGUAAAAGAAUUGAUUCCCGGACAACCGAAGAACAUAGAAAAAUUUUUCUUAAAACUGGAAUUGUGAGCCAAGCUAAAGGAUCGGCGUACAUAGAAUUAGGUAAAACUGAGGUUAUAGUAUCAGUAUUUGACCCUAGAGAAAUCCCAAAUCGGACAGAUUAUUGUUUAAAUGGAGAAAUAUAUUGUGAUUUUAAGUUCGCCCCUUUUAGUUGUAUAAAACGUAGACAACACCAACAUGAUGCAGAAGAGAAACACUAUGGUGCCAUUAUGAAACAGGCUCUGGAGUCGACAGUUUGUCGACAUGAAUUUCCUAAUUUUCAGGUAGACAUUUAUGCUCUAGUUCUACAAAAUGAUGGAUCAGCUUUAAGUGCAGCUAUAACAGCAGCAGGUGUUGCGCUAGCUCAUGCUGGUGUGCCCAUGUACGAUUUGAUCACAUCCGUCACUCUGGGUGUUCAGAACGACAUAAUGUUAUUGGAUCCUAACUAUACGGAACAGAUGUUAUGUGAAGUGCCAAUCUCUUCAGAUCAAGAAAAAAGUCAUGGUAUUAUAGUAGUGUCAAUGCUUCAUACACAUGAGCAGGUUUCACAAUUUUUUCAGUCUGGUUGUAUAUCUAUGAAGGAUUUAAGUGCUGGCAUAAGUGUUCUUGAAAAAGCCUGUCGAAGCAUUGUCCCUCUUGUCCAAAAAUGUCUAGCCAAACACGUUUUAAAAACAUUAAAAGAAGACGCAGAAGAUUAAAGUGAAGAGGAAAAUAUU